AUCCGCGUUCACACUGGCUGUGACAUAUGGGAAAAAACAUGUUGCGCUUGUAAAAAUCGAAUAAAUUUAAGCUAAAUUCAAUUAAAACGGAGACAAGAAAACCAGGAGGCGACGUGAUAGCAUGGGCGACUCAAAAGCCAGCGAAGGGGACUGCGAAGAACAAGCGUUUAACUGCAUUGACGAGGCCAAUGCGAUCAUCAACGAUGUGAAGGCGCACGUCGCUGAAAUAUGCAUCUCUUCCAAGCUGGCCAGCGAUGCCACGCAGAUAUACUUGAACAUACGGACCAUAGAGAGUGCAACCUGCUGCGUGCAGGUCACCAGUCGCGGCUUCAAGAUUGUCUCCUCCCUGUACGACACCGUCGAUGCCGACAAGAGGAUGGCUGCCAAGCUGCACAUCGACGAUGAGGAGGAAGCCGCGCCAGAGGAUGACGAGGAGAUCUUUGAAACACCCUAUGCGUUGCUGGACAAGAUAAGUCCCCGCUAUGUGGAAUCUUUCGGCAACCAACUGUGCCAGCAACUCCGGCAGCUGCAGCAGAUGCGGACAGAGUUCCUCGAGGAGGAAGAAGAGGAGGAGGAGGAGGAUGCCGACUAGUGACUGUAAAGAAACUCGGACCCGAGGCUGUAUACUCUUUAGACAGAAGAUUUUAAUGUUAGUUUUAUUUAAUGUUUACUCGUAAUGGUAUCUCGUGCGUUCUCUGGAGCGGGUCUAAAGUCGAGUCCGAGGCCCAUCUCCGAUGUCUAAAGAUAUUUAUGUGUGUGUGUGUGUUUGUGUACCAUAAAGUAUUCCCGCGAGUGUUGGCCACCAUAGACUAUCCAAUUGUAGGGCCAACUCCUCCCGUUUCGCGUGUAACAUCGAUGUAACAUUGUCCUUGCUUAGCAAAACCCAAACACUCAAUCCAAAUCCAAAAUUAGAAUUUAAGGCGUUUCAAGAAUAAAGAUUGUGAUUGCAGUUCCAA